AUGAUAAGCAUCACCCUCUUUCCCUGUGUUUCUACUAGAAAAAGGCCUUCCAUUCCAGAAUCAGGAUCCAAAGUACCACAUGACAUAAGACAGCGAUAUUUCAGUUUCUUUCUUGAAGAAUACUUCAAAAUUUGUAGCACAGCGAAUGAAGCUAUUGACAAGGCCCUGAUAGAAGAAAAAUCCAUUUAUGAUCGUUGUGGCAGUAAAAACAUGUACCUGAAUAUUGCUGUGAAGACCCUCAGAAAGCUCAGGGAUCAUGGGCAGCUUAGUGAUGGCAAGUCUGCGAGUGGAACUGGAUCCAUGAAGUCAGAAGAGAAGAAUGAUCUUACAGGUGCUGCUUUGUAUGAACUUUUAAAAGACUAUCUUCUGACUAAGGAACAGCUGAAUGAAAAUAACUUCCCUCAACCAAAUCCUGAAAAAAAUGGUAGUGCUGUAUUUAAUGGGAUUAUAAAAAAAGCUGUACGUGAUGCUUUCAGAAGGGUGUGCUCUAGGUGUGGCAAAGUAUACAUAGUUACUUCCUCAGGAAAACAUGCACGGAAAGAAGAAUGCAAUUACCAUUCCGGUAGAGUCUUAGAACAAAAAGGCAAGUAUCAUUGGUAUUUAGUCUUUGUGGAAGCCAUUAUAAGUUAUAACAUCUGUUAAAAGUGAACAUGAUGAGAGUAUGAAACUUUUUGCACAAGGCUCAACUAAGAUAAGUCCUGCUGUUCUCUUGGGAACAUUGCUAUCUGUGAAGCCUGUUUUCUCUGUGUAUGCUUUACCUUUGAGGAACUUGUCAUUAAUGAAACUCUGUGGGAAGAAGGUAGAAAAAUAUCCACUGUGUGGCCUUGCAAUGUGGACUUCUAAAUGAGCUUUGUCAUCUUUUCUGAGAGACCCCUUAAAUACUCGGAGGCUAUGCUAAAUAGAUACGUAAGGAGAACCUAGUUCUGUGUACUGCA